CUCAGUCGUUAUCAAGACGGCACUCGAAGCGGUUCGAUUGCUACUACCAGACCAAGAACUACGAAUACUCAAACUAGUCAGGAUCGAAAGUGAAUUAAAUAUAGUACAUAUGUAAAUAGUUAGCACAGAUACUCGAGGAGCUUAAGAAGUGGUUCUGCGGAAAGUCUUGCAACUGGCUCUGCAUUAUUAUUAUCAGAGUUGCCCGAUAACCUACAACCUGAGUCGUGGACUUGGGCUCGAAUCAGUGCCAGCUCAGGCAACAUAAGGAAGUGGGAGUGAAUCAGAAUCGCUGAGAAACAGCGAGCAAAGACCCCAAAAACCAAAGACCGCAUUUUUAUCAUUAGCCAAUAUGAUUGGGAAAAAUCGCAUUCUGCGGACUAGUGCCAUGGGAAUACUCUUGGCCACCUGCAGCCUGUCCGCACUGGUUUACAUGGAGAUGAUCGAGCGCUGGGUGCUCAAGUGCUUUAUGGUUCUUAAGCCGGGCGCCUUUAUCACCGAUCUGUGGCAAUCGCCGUCAAUGGAUGUAACCGUGGACUUGUACAUAUUCAACUGGACGAAUUCGGAGAGCGUAAGCGAUCCCACUGUAAAGCCGCGAUUCGAGGAGGUUGGCCCCUAUCGCUUUACGGAGCAGAUGCAGAAGGUCAAUGUGCAGUGGCAUGAUCACAACUCUACGGUGUCCUAUAUGCGCCGAAGUCGCUUCGAUUUCGUUCCGGAACAUAGCGCCGGGCGACCCUCGGAUCCCAUUGUGACGCCCAACCUGCUCAUCGUCGGUAUCUACCAAAAGAUGCUAUUGUGGAGUCCGAUGGUUCGAACACUUAUGCUAAUGGCCCUUAGCGUGUACGGCAAGGAGCGCACGAUGGUACGGCGCGCCGGCGAAUGGUUGUUCGACGGAUUCAACACACCACUGAUGAAGGUGAGCAAGUUGGUGCCGCCAAGUAUACUGCCGGAGGUGGACUUUCCCUACGAGAAGAUCGGCUACGCUUAUCCACGCAAUGGCAGCAUGGAAAUUUACGGCCACCAUAACGUCUACACGGGCCGAGACGACUUCCAGAAGUUGGGUCAAAUAGCUCGAUGGCGCUACAAAAACGUCACGGAAGCCAGCCCCCGCUGCUUACUAAAGGGCAGCACUGGGGAGUUCCAUCCAAUUCCGCUGGUGAAGGGCAGGCCCAUCUCCUAUUUCCUGCCAGACCUGUGCCGCGAACUGCAGGUGGAUUACUCUGGCACCACCAUCUUCGAGGGCGUGGAGGCGUUCGUCUACAGGGGCAGUGCCCGAAAUUUUGCGAAUGGUACAGACAAUCCGGAUCAUAGGUGCUACUGCCAGGAAAACUGCCAAGAGGUGAGAUCCGGUCUCCUAAAUAUAUCCUCCUGCUGGUACGGAGCGCCCGUUUUUGCAUCCUAUCCGCAUUUCUACAAAGCCGAUCCCUACUACAGGGAGCAAGUGGAGGGUAUGAAGCCCGAUAAGGACCGUCACGAGAUGGUCAUUAUGUUAGAGCCCAAGACGGGCAUGGUGCUUGAGAUCAAGGCUCGCAUUAUGGUCAACCUGCUAGUGGAACCCAAACACAUAUCGGUUUACCGAAACGCGCGAAAGACCUUCUUCCCACUGAUUUGGGCGGACUACAAUGUGCACGUAACAGAUGAUCUCCUAGGCUAUUUGAAGCUUAUACCGAUCCUCGAAAUGGUGGGCAAGAUUUGCUGCAUCUUGGGAGUUACCCUGGGCGUGCUGAUGUUGUUCUGGUACCCUCACCAGCUGUUCUGGCAGAAGCGUCUGAUGCACAAAAUCGAGAUCAACACUAUGGAUACGCCCAAGAUCUCUGCCGACCCAACGAAGAGCAGCGGUGUGGAAGAUUCACCACUACUGAAUGGACUGCAAUAUGUUGGGUCCAAUGAGGGGCCGGACUGUGCCCACUGAGGGCUGGAUAGGGUUUAAGUCACGACGUAGGGUUAAGUUUGCAGGGUUUUAUCUUGCCUAGUCUUUAAAGUCUAAGGGACGGUUUCACAGUGUCCAGUUAGGGUGGGUAAAAAUAAAAAUGUACAUUAAAACAUUUACUGCCUGAUUUUUAAAACCUUUGGCAAAUAAUUUUUAAAAAUAUUCAAAGCAACACAAUUAUUGACUGCAUCCUUGAUAUUAUAUUAUCCGAGAAUUGUUAAUUAGAUUUUAAGAAACUGGGCCGAUUCCAAUAAAUAGUAAAUGGUGUUAAAAAUUCGGUGUUUUAUCGGUAUCCCCUAAAUCAUUUACAUACAUAUGUAUGUAUGCAUGUAUGUAUGUACUAUGUACUUUAAAAAAUAAUUAU